CAUCUGGGCACGGCCGGGCGUAGAUUCCGCACGCUCGGUUCGAGUUCGAGAUGUCGUCGGUGAUGGACACACCUUGUAUUUGUAAUCGCACGCAGAUGCGAAUAAUUAUUAUUUACGUCCCCUAACAUUUUUAUAAUAAUUGCUAUCAAAAAGAAACUUUCUCUUGGAUAAUUUCAGAUUGUAGAAUACCUUUCAAGGCCUUUGUUGCAAUGAAGCUGUCCGGGCGCUAGUGUGUUUGGCCGGUAUUUGAAUUAUCGAGAAGGAUGUCGCGUCGCGUCCGAGGCGGGGGCGCAAGCCGCUACUCUCCCGGAGUUUUAGCCGCUUCCUCGCCGAAAGUGGCUAUCCGGCGCGAUGGCGCAGAACAGCGUCAAAUACAAACUGGAAAUGCUGUUGGUAACACUGCCGCAGGCCGUCGCGCUGUCUUGCAGAGAGAUAUUAGCACGGUUGAGCUGAUGCACUCAGUCUCAGGUCCAGCCACUGCCCCGCCUAGUAAAGGAGGUGAUGUUCGAUUGGCAUCGGUUGAUGAAACUUCAUUCACUGCCACGGACUUUUCUGGGCACCAUCAGGCGAACGGCAAGGGCUCGUUUGUACGCAGACGAGUAGCCAAUCCCGGUAGCCCACCUUUGGGCGAUUCUGAUCGUGCUAACGUUGACGACAGUCGCAUUGCAGUGUCGUACCUCUCACAGAAUGUGAGCGCUGCAGGUACAAACGGUGCUGCAAUGUCACUCCGUGAUGUUCCACCCCAGAAUACAAGCAAGAGAGACUCAGCUAUACAUCAGGCAUCUCGAGAUGGCAAGGUGGAGUUCCUUCGCUCAGUGUUAACACAUGGUGGUGGCGGCGGAGGCACGGAUUUAACCGAUUCAGGCGGUGGCAGUAUAAGAAGGUUGCAUGAUGUGAUCAACAGUUUGGACGUUCACAGCUAUGCUCCUCUGCAUCAUGCCGCACGUUACGGCUAUGUGCACAUAAUCAACUUGCUCCUAGACCACGGCGCUGUUGUCGAUGUACAGGGAGAUGAGAGCCGAACGCCAUUGUACUUGGCGAGCAAGUACAAUCACGCUAGUGCUGUGACAGUCCUGCUGCACAGAGGUGCAGACUUACUACUGGCUGAUGUGUAUGGUCUGCUGCCCAUGCACGUUGCAGCACGUCGAGGUCACUGCCAAGUUGUGCAGUGCCUGUUAAAGGAGGGAGAGAAAUGUGUGAACGCAUGUGACAAUAACCACAUGUCCCCGCUUCAUCACAGCUGUGUCUCUGGAAGUGUGGAGACAACGCAGCUACUGUUGAAUCAGAAUGUGAACCUUAUGCUGCGCAACGUCAACCAAGAAACCCCGUUCCACCUUGCGGCACUGGAAGGCCAUGAGAACAUUCUCAAACUCUUUGUUGACAGGGUGUCUGCAGGUGACAGCAUAUCCAUGGAGAUACUGAUGUUGACGACGGACAAUGAGGGCAAUGCCUGUGUUCAUCUGGCAGCACUCAACGGUCACACCGAGGUUGUUGGCUUGUGUUUGGAAACAUUGGACAACAUAAUGUUCAAAACUCACGGCAGCACUGCACUUCAUCUAGCCUCGCUCAACGGUCACCUGGAUACUGUCAAGCUACUGUGUGAACGCGGUGCCAACAUUCAGAUGGCUGACAACGAUCUUAUGACAGCUCUGCACAGGGCUACUAUGUUUGAUCGACAGGACAUUGUUGCCUACCUGCUGGAGAAGGACAAAGAUCUUCUUCAAGUACGUGACAAGGAUGGCUAUACACCAGUGUUGGUGGCAGCUGCGCGUGGCUAUUAUCAGCUGAUCGGUGUGUUUCACAGUCACCAAGGCAGUGUUCGGGAGAAGGACAGCAGAGAGGCGACGUGUCUACACCUUGCUGUGCAGAAUGGCAACAUGAAGUGUGUCAAGCGUCUCCUGGAGCUCAGUGGUAGGGAGUUGAUCAACGAAGUGGACCGUGAUGAAGCUAGCCCACUGCACUUUGCAGCCCAGAGCGGAUCAGUCAUGCUCUGUGAGCUCCUAGUGAACAACGGUGCGGAUCUAACAGUGAAAGACGAGCAUGAGAGACUGGCCCUCCACUGGGCAGCAAGGAAUGGACACAUGGAUGCAAGCACGUAUCUUGUAGCCAAGGCUCCCACCUAUGUGAACGCCAGUGAUGACCAGGGUCGUACUCCGCUACACCUAGCUGCUAUUCACAAACACCACCACAUUGUCAACAUGCUGGCAGAGGCUGGUGCAGAUGUAGCUGCAAGGGACUGUGGUCGUUGGACAGCGCUAUGUCAUGCAUCAAGGCAGGGAUGUGAGCAGUCUAUCUCACAUCUACUGGACCACGGGGCACCUCUCAACAUGCUCGACAAUUACAAGAACAGUGCACUAAUCCUGGCUAGUGGUGCAGGUCAUGUGGCAGCUGUUGAGCGACUUCUAUCACAUGGUGCAGACCUGUCACAUGUAAACAACAACGGCAUGACCAGCCUGGACAUAGCUAUACACUAUGAGAAAGCAGAGGUUGCCAUGGCACUGCUUCGACAUGACAGGUGGCAUGAGAUCAUGGAUAGUCGUGAGUUUGAUGGCAAUACGCCGAUGAAGCGAUUGGUGGAGAAGAUGCCUAAAGUUGCCCAGUUCGUUCUGGAUCGCAGUGUUGAGACGACACCAGCACCGGAGCACAAGGGCGGUGUGAAGAAAGUGUAUGAUUUCCGCUAUGUCAGCGAGGAUCCCAGUGAAUUUGAAGGUCUGCCGUUGAGCAUUUCCAUGGAGCCGUUUCAGGCUAUGGAGGUCAUGGUGGAAAAUGAAAGAGAGAAGUUGCUUGCACAUCCUCUUUCGCAGGCCUUGCUGCAGAGUAAAUGGGACUCGUUCUGCAAGGUGCUGUUCGUUCUCAAUCUGCUGGUGUAUAUCGCAUUCCUGGUUGCCCUGUCGGUGUAUGCGCUAUCAACUGAUCUACCAAACACACAAUCGGCUGCCAGAACCAAGAACGAGGCAUUUGAUAAAGAGAGAACAGCGCGUUAUCAUCCGGUCACGCAGGUUACUUGUAACACUGUCUAUGGUCUGGUUGACUUUGUGUACACAUCUGGUCAUUUGCUCAACACUAGCCUUGCCUAUGGCAUACGUCCAUGCAACGGAACACUAUUCUCGCACCUCGUCACGUGCAGAUCCAACAGACGUGGCGAAGAUUUGACCGUCUUCAGCCCGUAUGCCAAUCAUAGUCGUGCUUGUCCUUCGGGCAAUGUCUCCUUUCUCCUGGCCUGUCCUGUUGUGUCAAGUACAUCUGCUAGCACUGCCACUAGCACUACUAUGACUGGUGUAACCAGCUCACUCAGUUACAUGGCAUAUGAAGAAGGACACGUUGGUCAGGGAUCUACCUGUUCACACCAUGCCUAUAACAGUACAUGUCAGUUGAAUGCACAGCAGCUUGGUGUCAUCUAUAGUGAUCAGCCUAUAGGAAAUAGCAGUGAGCUAUGUGACUCACCGUUUGAACUCAAGAAUCCACCAACUCAAGCUCUAGUUGGCCAAGUUUUCGUGAUAGUGUUUGCAGUCAUUCACAUCAUCAAAGAACUGAUCUACAUCAUCACACUUAGACUGGACUACUUCCAGCCUGAGACAAUCCUAGACUGGUGUGUGUAUAGUCUUUCACUGGUGUUUGUGUGGCCAGGGCUGUAUGGCCAUCAGCCAAAUGACAUUCAGUGGAGAUGUGGUGCCAUAGCCCUGUGUGUCGCCUGGUUCAAUCUACUCACAUACGUACAGAGGUUCAAUGAAGUUGGCAUAUAUGUUGUGAUGUUCUGGUCCGUUAUCAAGACCUUCAUCAAGGUGUUCUUGGUAUACUCCAUAGUUCUGAUAGCCUUCGCGCUCUGUUUCUACAUUCUGUUCUCAGGACAUGACAACUUCACUACAGUGGGCACCAGUAUACUCCAGAUGGGCGUGAUGAUGCUGGGCGAAGUGGAGUUUGUUCAGAUCUUCAUUACGGACAGGGAAAAGAUAUCGUACCAGGGUAUCUCCUAUGCUGCUUACAUCAUCUACAUCUUACUGGUAGCCGUGGUGCUGAUGAAUCUGCUCAUUGGGCUGGCUGUGGAUGACAUUGAGCAGAUCAAGAAAAGUGCCCACUUCAAGCGCCUCGCAAUGCAGGUUCAUAUGAUCAGUACAAUAGAGUGCAGAGUACCACUGUGGUACAGAAAACGUGUGUACAAGAGAACGCUAGUCGUCUAUCCGGAUGAAGAGAAGACAAAGCCACAGCUGCUUGUCAGCUACAUGAGCGUUCUGAUCAACAUGAGCCCUGCAGAAGAUGAUAAAGAAGAUGAAAGGGAGAGUUCUGAGCAGCAAGUGAGCGCCUCGCUCACUAGUGCAAGUCACGCACAUGAGCAGUCUAAGAGAAUGGAUCAGCUUGAAAACACUGUCCAGCAGCAGAACAGACUAUUGCAGCUACUGUGUGAGAAGCUAACACAGACACAGCCACAGCCACAGCACUCAGACUCUCCGGCAUCACAGGAGAGCCAGGAGCAUGCUGACGAGUCACCACUACUUCUGCCCGGUAUCUAGCGCAUCCUGAGGUGAUUACGUCACUGUAUGGAUAACAUACUGAGGUGAUUACGUCACUGUGUGGAUAACAUUCUGAGGUGAUUACGUCACUGUGUGGAUAACAUACUGAGGUGAUUACGUCACUGUGUGGAUAACAUACUGAGGAGAUUACGUCACUGGGUACAUACCAUACUGAUGUGAUUACAUCACUGGGUGCAUAACAUGCUGAAGUGAUCACAUCAGAACAUGGUGAUGCCUGUACUGUCACUCUCAAUUAUAGUGAGGACCAUUCUUGAAACUCUGCAAUUUCUUUCAUUGACAUGCACCUGGUAGUUAUGCAGUCACACACUAUUAUACUAGAAUGUUUUGGCAUUGAUAAUUGGCUAUGGAUUUUACGUUGAUCUGUAAUCUGAGGGCUGAGAGUAUACUGUGGCUGAACUUGGAAUUGUACAGUCCUGUACAUAGGAUACAGAUCACCGGCAUUGGUAGACAGUUAGCAGUGUAAAACACGCGGGUAAUCUGGUUAGCUAUGCAUUACUGAGACGUACGCUGAAUAAUAUUUUGCUAACAUAGCCAUGUACAUAUCACACUAUUAGCCCGUAUCAUUCACUCGCGCUAUGAUCUAAGCUUGCCGCAGCCUAUAUCAAUCACCUCUUCGGGGAAUUGUAGUCAAGUUGCUGUCUGAUGAUGGGUAAAACCAUGAAGUUCGGAGUUACAGCACGCUUUGAUUUCUUCUUUCUAGUGUGUGUAAUAGUUUGCUAUAUAUUUAUCAAUCUAAUCUUCCAGAAAUCGUAUUAUAAUUAUGGAUUCCAUAAACGAUUUUAAAGGGUAAUUUAAUUAUACUCGUA